CCUGAAUUGAAAUUUCGAGCAUCUUAAAAUCAGUAGUUUCUUUUGCUACAUUAUAGCAUUGUUGCUAAUAUUAUUGUUUGACAAGUAUAGUCCAGGCCAAUUGUGGGAUCUGAUUAUCAUGGCUGCUCCAGCAGGUAGCAACUGGUUAUUUGUUAUCGUGCUCCUUAUGGAUAUGAUCCUAACAUUUAUUUUGGAAAUGAAUGCAAUGUUUCCUCCAACAAUAACUUGGCUAAUUUGUUUCGCAUUUGUGGUGGGCUUGACGAUUUCUUUUAUACUAGGAUGGUUCUAUGUUGUUGUAGAAAUAAAAGAGUAUUGUUAUUGUGACUGUAUUGAUAAAUGUGUCACCGAACUACUAUCAAAGUGUUCUGACUGUAAAGACUGUACACGUGUGAAGAAUGAUUGCAAUAAACUCAUGGAUAAGUUUUUAAAACCGGUUUUUUGCACUGUGUUUGGCCCAUUGCUCUACUAUUAUGGAAACAAUAUCACCAAGGUGGUCGACUUGUUUGGUGCCAGUAAUACAACUCAGGGUAAUAUUACUGAUAAUAAUGCUCUUGUUUUAUCGGACGAAUGGCAGAGUGGAUUGAGAGCAUCUGCAGUAGCUGCACUUUUUGCAUUUAUACUAAUCAGCAAUAUUGACUGGCAGCCAAAUAGUGAUUCCAAGCAUUUGUGGGGACCAGUUCCGGACAUGCUUGUUAAAUUGGUUCCCCUUGAUGCUUUCUACAGUACUUUGCUUCAAGUAGCUCGCAUCAAUAUGAUAUCCACGCCAACUAUGUUUUGCAGAGGAGUCGAUCAAGCUUUUUUUGGGGCAGUUUUUGUAAUUGCAAAUAUUUAUGCAAUAUACUCUAUUGGCCGUAUUGUCAUGAAGUGCAACAAAUACAAAUGGUUAGUUAUUUUGUUCGGUGUUGCUAUAUGGUUUAUUUUUGUAGCCUACCUCUUAGCAGACAAACUUCUUCCGUUAAACUAUUGUCUUUGUAAUGUGCCUGUCGAUGAUGAUGUCAAAAUGGCUGCAGUUAUGCACUAUCUGCAUAUUGCGAGAGCUGCUCUAAGCAUUGUUUGUGCUGCGUGUAUAGUUAUGCUUUAUGUGGGGUCCGAAUCCGUGUAUGAGGUACGCAAGCUCAUCACACAGGCUCAAUUGGUAACUCAAUUGGAGAAUGAACUGAAUACUCUAUUGAAUACGAAUGGCAAUGAUAAGCAAAAUACUAAGAUGGCUCAAUCGAUAGUUCAUUCGGUAGCUAUGUCAGUGGCUAAAUUAAGGGCUAAAGUAAAGGUUGGUCAACAAUGCACUCCAUUCAAAUACUCUGAUUUCGAGAUUGUAAUGAUUGAACACAGCACGGAGGUGGCUAAAUUGAUUAGUAAAUGGUUUGCUGCACUGAAAUUGAAUAUGGAUGCAAAUCAAUGGGAUAAUUAUGAAAACACUCAAUUAGUUGCAGCACAACAUAAAUUGAAUGCUGCAGUGGCAGUGCAAUUGAACGUGCCGCCAUUGAAUGCUGCAGUGCCACGGAAUGCUGCUGCAUUGCAAAUGAAUGCAGUGCAAUUGAAUACUGCUGCUGCUGCUGCAGUGCUAUUGAAUACUGUAGUGCAAUUGAAGGCUGCUGUAGUGCAAUUGAAUACUGCUGCUGCUGCUGCAGUGCAAUUGAAUGAUGCUGUAGUGCCAUUGAAUACUGCUGUAGUGCAAUUGAAUACUGCUGUAGUGCAAUUGAAUACUGCUGUUGCUGCUGCUGCAGUGCGAUUGAAUGUAGCCUCGAUUCCAGGCAAGCGGCCUGGAAUCGAGGCUAAAUUGAAUGCUGCUGCAGUGAAAUUGAAUGCUGCUGCAGUGCAAUUGAAUGCUGCUGCAGUGAAAUUGAAUGCUAAAGCAGUGCAAUUGAAUGCUGCUGCAGUGAAAUUGAAUGCUAAAGUGCCAUUGGAUGCUGCUGCAGUGCUGUUGAAUGCUGCUGCAGACAACUUGGAUGCUGCAGUAGUGCGAUUGAAUGCAGUGCAAUUGGAUGAUGACAACUUGGAUGCUGCAGUAGUGCAAUUGAAUGCAGUGCAAUUGGAUGAUGACAACUUGGAUGCUGCUGCAGACAACUUGGAUGCUGCUGCAGACAAAUUGGAUGCUGCUGCAGACAACUUGGAUGCUGCUGCAGUGCAAUUGAAUGAACAGCAAUUAUCCCAAUUGAACGCAUUUGAAUCGAUGAAAACUUUGAUGAAGAAAACUGUUGUAAUAUAAUAUACAUGCAGAAUAGAAAGUAAUUAACUCUGGAUUGACAGUAUACAUAUAAACGAUUAUAUAUAGCCAAAAUAAAUUUAGAGCAUGAAUGACUUUAUGAAGCUAUAAUAAUAAUUAUGCUUGU